AUGGUCUCAUUAUCUGACGGAUCUCUCACAGAGUACGAAGGAUGUAACUGUGGAAUACACCCGUGCAAACUAAAUGGAUCCAAGUUUGAAUGCAGUUGUCUUCCUGGUUAUGAAAACAUCAAUGGGACGUGCACAGAUAUCGAUGAGUGUAAGUACCCUGGCAGCUGCCCCGGCUCCGGAAUGCAGUGCAUUAACACCGUGGGGAGUUACACGUGCACGUGCCGUGCUGGUUACUAUGGGGACAAUUGCGCCUUGGUAACCCAAAGCAACGCGUCGCAGUUGUGUGGGAGCGUCCAUCCCAGUGCACAUUUGGUGGACAUUAAGAACAAAGCAACAUACAAGACAGUCGCCAGAUAUCUACAUCCCGCAAACUCUUACUGGAUGGGUCUAAACGACAAACAGCAAGAAGGAACGUUUGUUUACAGUGACGGAAGCAAGGUUGCCACCCUAUACAACGAAUGGGAUUCGGGCCUGUCCACCCCUGCGUCCAAUGACCGCACCAAAAACUGUGCAGUGAUAGAUGGAAACGCAGCUUUCCAGUGGAGGGUCGUCCCUUGUGAUAAUUUAAACUUGGCUAUAUGCGAGCUUGAUAAAGUGUGGUCCAAAUAA